AUGCAACGUUUCUCUUUCGAAGCUCCCAAUCCACCUAUUCCUUACUAUUCCACCCCGAGAACUAACGGUGCCGCUCAUUCUGGCAUAGAUAGAGAAAUAUUCAGUGCUUGCCAUCCACAUACUCUCCGUACUGCUCCACUCGCAUGCAUUCUAAAACAAUGUGCACAUGACAAAGAGUCAAGUCAAUGCAAGAUGAUCAUGGUGCUCUCGGCUCUCCUUUUCUUCCUCGUGUUUAUUCUCAUCAUCUAA